AACUUUUCUCGCACGCCCCCCUGCACCAAGAAGAUACUGCAUGAAGGUCAAAAGCCCAGAGGCCCCGACGUCUUGAGCCCUUGCUUUCCGCUGUACGGGUGGCGUGCAUAUCUCCUUUCAACCGCACUCCAUUCAGAUGGACGUGGACCGGGCGCACCAGCGUGAGCAGAUGCGCGCAGCCCUUCAAGCCCGUGGAGCUGACCUCACGCUAUUUGAAGAUGCUGUGAAUCUGGACAAGUUGUGGGACAACUGGUACCGCAACGUCCGCGCUCUGAGCGAUGCCACACGCGAGGGCCUCUCGGUCGCAGGGCUGCAGCCUGGCCUGAUUGACCACAUCCUGGCGCUGAAAGAUGCCCCUCCUGCUGCACUUCCUUCCACCCCUUCCCCGCGGCACCGCACCACACACACGCGGUGGCACUCUCCGGCUGCAACGACAGGUGGCAGCAGCACCAGCGCGCGAGACGUGGAGCACCCGCGAGGUGAACAGGCGGCACCAUCGCCCGUCCCGUCAUCCGCUCAGCCACGUAAGUCAGACAUCGCCAAGUGGUGGCCUGCUGGCUGGCUUGAUACCCUGGCACCGCUGUGGUCGCAAGUGUGCGGAGGAAGAGGAGGAGGAGACAUUGAGGGCAGCCAGCAGAAGCAGCAGCAGUUCGAGGAUUCAGCUGCAGCGUCCACCAUGCCUAAUAGUUCAGGCCCGCAGUUGGUGCUGGGGGCUGACACGCACACUCCUGGCGCGACCAACAGCGUGCUAAGCAGCUCGCUUUGCCUUGGUGGCGCACAGCACCCGUCUACCUGUCGUCAGCGCCGCUCAAAUCGUGCCGGCGUGCAUGGCGGUCGCGGACCGGUGGGCGUGGUCAGGAAGGAUGGCGUGCAGAGCGGAGCAGGCCCUUCCCUCAUCCUGCUGGUGAUGCACCUCGCUGGUGCGCACAUGAGCUGCAGCGUGCACCACCUGGUGGUCAGCGUGGCUGGGCUGCUUCAGAGCCUGGGCGCUCCCUGGUGCCCCCGCCUGGCUGCUGCAAGCGCUGUCGGCUCCAGAGCGCAGCGGCUGGCUGGGCUUCUUCGUGUUCUUCCUUCGUAAGGCUCCGUCCUUUGUUGCGACCAUGAUCGCGAAGUGGCUGAUGCUGACCAUGGCUUUCACAGCUGCCAAGCUGCUGUCGCUGUUCUACUGAAUCAGCUAAUUGUCAGCAUGGUGGUUGUCGUGCACCGGACCCGGCGGUGUGCGGUAUUGUGGGAUGGUGGAUGUGGGACGCGCAUGCUGGAGGGAGUCAAGCAAGGUGGCUGAUGGCGUUCGGGCGCCGGUCGGAUGCAAUCGGGCGGCUGCUGUUGUGCGGCUGCUGGAGAUCAAGAGGAGAUGGGGCGAAGGGCUGCCUUACAGGUAAAGGAGGUGCUGCGGGGAUGGUGGGUGCAUUGGUUGCACACACAUGUGUCCCCAUGGAGCCCAUGCGGCGGUGGUGGUUGGCGAAUGGCUGGCCCGCAAACUGGGCGGUAUGAGGACUCGAGCUGCGUGUGUGUCAGGACGCAAGGAACGAAUGACGCCAGGCCCGGCAGGCCACGUAAACUGCAGAAUUAUCACGCAGCGAGUGGGCGCGUAUGUGUGGCGCGCACACCUCUGGCACGACCUAUCUAGUAGCUGGAUGGCCCGCAACAACUUAAGACUCAACAAUGUAUGUUAGAUAUGCGCAUGAAUUUGCUCAGUUCACAUGAGUGCGCAGGAGGAAGGGACGGAUGUGCUGCGGCUGUGCGGAUGUGGUUGUAGUGCGAAGUGCCGUUGCGGCUGAUGUGCCAUUAGGAUGUCCCGUUUGGAGGAAGGUGGUCGGCACGAUGUUGACAUGUGUGCGCGUCCACGUAGGCACGUACUACAUGUGUUUGCUGACAUGGCACACUGCAUGUGUUUGUUGACAUGGCACAAGGCACAGGUCACCGGUGGCGAGAUGCUCGCAAUAAUGAACGGCUUUUGUUAUGACUACUGGCGUGUACAACCCGACUCCAAUUUCGUCUGGGUGAUGAGGCGCUUCAAGACACUUUCAGUCUCAGACGAAUGCAUGCUGUGGGAUCAACCCAAUUGUGUCUUCCAAGGGAAGCAUUUUUAUGACCUUUCUCUUAAUUGUUGGACGCGUGGGCGACUGGAGCUCCGACCUGCCCAGAAGAGUGGUUCAAGUGUGGGCGUGGGUGUGCCCAUGGAGUACAGCUGUUCAAUACGUAUGGUAUAAACAGGAUGGGCUUUGGGUGGCCACCGGAGCUGAGCCGGCAGCAGCAGGGGGCCGGGCGAUGGGGCGUGGUGUGGUGUGCUGCUUUAGGACAGACAGUAUCUGUGUCGCUCAUGCAAGGGACAGCCAACGAAUUCCCUCGCCACGUUUUGGGGGCUUGCACACUUGCGAGUCCGUGGCCGUGUUUCCAAGGAUGUAUACAAGCGAAGUCGAGACUUUGGUAUUACAUACUCCCACUUCGCUUUUAUACAUUCUUGGAGACACGGCCACGGACUCGCAGGUGUGCAAGCCCCCGAAACGUCGCCAGGGAAUUCUUUGGCUGUCCCUUGCAUGAGCGACACAGAUACAGCAAAGGACUAGCUAGCAGAUGACAGGCCAUCAUGUCUGCAGCACCGCAUUACAUGGUGUACGGAGGUCGCAUUCUGUACAUUCAUCCGGGCGCUCGCGUCAAUGGAGUUAUCGAGCAGGUUCCAUUCGUGAGGGUUAUAAGCUAGCCUGAUAGCAGAUCUUGCUGGUAGCGAGCUCCCCGUACCUAGAUUGCGCGUGCGUAGCUGUACGGUAGUGCAUGGACUGGUCAAGACCAGGAGCCGUUUACAGGGACAACAACGGUCAAGCCUGGCUUGUCUAGCUAGCUUAAGAGACACAGUAGCAUGCGUGUAGGAUUACCCCGAGUAUAUGUGGCCGUUGUGGCAUUGAAGGCGAAGGCUGACAGGUGGGGCACAGGUGGUGGUGAUGCCGCCUGGGUUGUAUGUAUAUGAGGAGGAUGAGGAUGAUGCUUGCGGGGCCCGUCUGGCGGUUUCAUCACGACGGCGUCAGUCAUGCAGAGUGGGGGCCAGCAACGCUUGAGUCCGCAUUGAGUGCUUUGAGGACGGAAAGACUUUCAUGCAUCCAAAGUGGAGUGCAGGAGUGGGCUGCCGUAGGCUGUGCACGCAGUCAGAAGAUGGUGGCGGGGGCAGGACGCAUACCUACCCUAUGCCCUGUUCCAUCGGUGGCGGGCACAGGAGGCGCUGUAGCAAGCUGUGGCUGGCGUCCAAGCGUCUGAUACUAUGAUGAAUGCGUGCAAGCAUGAGCGGCUACAGUCUGAGCCAAGCACUUUCCCAUCAGACAACAAGCAACCAGGCGUACAGAUGAGCGCGCAUAAGCAUCGAAUGGGGCUGUGUGCGGAAGGAGCGGCACCACGGACCAUGCAAGAGCACAGUGGAGCAUUUAUACCAGUUGCGCAUCACAAGACCUUGAUGAGGUUCCGCCUAUGCUGCUGCCCGCUUACUGCCAACCGCGCCUAUGGACGACCUAGGGAGGAGAGGGUUUGGCCGUCAUGUAUCGCAUAUGAAGUUGAAGAUGAGAAUCAUGUGCUCAUGCGAUGUACGGCCUAAGACCAGUUGCGUUCGAGUAGCGAGAUCUAUUUUAGAGGAGGGCUGCGGGCCGUUAUGCAGAAUGCGGACCCAGCCAGGUUAGCCGUGCAGGUUAGCCGCGUUACUAGAUUCCAUUUGGGAGCACAGGAGCAGGAGCAUCCCCAUUCGGGGACCAAACUAGCAUACGUAAGUGUUGCAGGCGUUAUAAGGGCCCCCCGGCCCGGGCCUCGGUUUCUACAGGGACAGGAAUGCACGUCGUGCUCACCACCUUGUAACCACACACAACA